CGACGGGCUGCAGCCAAUAGGCGAGGCUGUUGUUGGAGCGUGGACUCACCCAAUGGAAGGGCGGGUUGUUGCGCUGCAGUUGGCAGGCUGCUGCGGGAGGUGGUGGCGGUAAGAAGCCGGAGGCAGCGGGGUGACAGGAAAAUGGAGAGCCUCAGAAAUGUAUAGUAGGAGGGAACUCUGCAAGGCCAUAGAUUAAAGGAGAGUUGACAUUCAGUAGAAGUACAUGCUAGUUGAAAAAUAUUUGAGUCUCAACAAAUGAAUUCCACACUUGAACUGUGCUGCAUUCCUGUGCCACCUCCUCCUUUAGAAAACUGAUCUUAGAACAGAGAGAUAAAAGAGGAAUAGAAGGUAGAAGAAGAUGCUGGGAUCAGAACGUGGUGUUGUAGAAGAAUGGUUAUCAGAAUUCAAGGCAUUACCUGACACUCAGAUCACCAAUUAUGCAGCAACUUUACACCGGAAAAAAACACUGGUACCAGCUCUCUAUAAAGUUAUUCAAGAUUUGAAUAAUGAGCUCCUGGAGCCUGUCUGCCACCAGCUAUUUGAGCUCUAUCGUAGCUCUGAAGUUCGACUUAAGAGGUUCACACUGCAGUUCUUGCCGGAAUUGAUGUGGGUUUAUUUACGGCUUACAGUUAGCCGAGACAGACAGAGUAAUGGUUGCAUUGAAGCACUCCUUUUAGGAAUUUAUAAUUUGGAAAUUGCUGAUAAAGAUGGAAACAAUAAAGUUCUAUCUUUUACUAUCCCUUCCUUAUCCAAGCCCUCAAUAUACCAUGAGCCGUCGACAAUUGGAUCCAUGGCUUUGACCGAAGGGGCAUUGUGUCAGCAUGAUCUCAUCAGAGUUGUUUAUAGUGAUCUUCAUCCUCAGAGGGAAACAUUCACUGCACAAAACCGGUUCGAAGUCCUGAGUUUUCUCAUGUUGUGUUAUAAUUCUGCUAUUGUGUAUAUGCCUGCUUCAUCUUACCAGUCUCUUUGUCGGAUGGGCUCCAGGGUUUGUGUAAGUGGGUUUCCACGGCAACACGAAAAACACUGGAAAGAACUCUGUGGUCGAAUAGUAUUGGAUCCCGAAUUUAUGGUGCAACUUCUCACAGGGGUUUAUUAUGCCAUGUAUAAUGGACAGUGGGACCUUGGCCAAGAAGUCCUUGAUGACAUCAUUUAUAGAGCUCAACUAGAGCUCUUUUCUCAACCACUGUUGGUUGCCAAUGCCAUGAAAAACUCAUUACCAUUUGAUGCUCCGGAUUCUUCACAAGAAGGCCAGAAAGUCCUUAAAGUGGAAGUCACUCCAACAGUGCCGAGGAUUUCUCGGACUGCAAUUACAACAGCUUCAAUCCGUCGCCAUAGAUGGAGGAGAGAAGAUGGCUUUGACUUCUCAAACGAGGCUGACUCGAGUAUUCCUGGCUCCCCGAUCCAACACGGCUCCACUGACCUAGGGAUCAAACGUGUGCAAGAGGGGGAGGUGCUGGUGCGCAGGACCCCUGAGCACGGCUCACCGGAGCCCAACUCAGCAGCAGCCACAACAGAGGGUGCUGAGGGUCUAAAUGGAGGAGAGGAGUUGGUAAACCUGAAUGAUGCAGAUGAAGGAUUUUCAUCGGGGGCUUCCCUCAGCAGUCAGCCAAUUGGGACCAAACCAUCCUCCUCUUCUCAGAGGGGAAGCUUAAGGAAAGUAGCAGCUGGGCGUUCAGCCAAGGAUAAAGAAACAGCUUCUGUCAUCAAAUCCAGUGAGAUCCCUCGAGAUUCAGUAGUUCGCAGGCAGUAUGUACAGCAACCACCCGAUCUUAGUGUAGAUUCAAUUGAGCUGACACCGAUGAAGAAACACCUGAGCCUGCCCGCUGGCUCGGUGGUGCCAAAAACCAAUAGCUUAAGUCUAAUCCGGACAGCCAGUGCUUCUUCAAGUAAAUCAUUUGACUAUGUAAAUGGCAGUCAAGCAAGUACCAGCAUUGGGGUUGGCACUGAGGCAGUUACUAAUUUAGCAGCUAACAGUGCUAAUCGAUAUUCAACCAUCAGUCUACAGGAGGACCGGCUAGGUCAAGCUGGAGAAGGUAAAGAGCUCCUCAGCCCAGGAGCUCCCUUAACCAAGCAGUCUCGAUCCCCAAGUUUCAAUAUGCAGCUAAUAUCCCAGGUGUAGUUUGACAUCCUUUCUCAUCUUUCUGCUUACCUUGUAAACUGAACAUUUCAUUGUGCAAGAAGACACUUCAUCCCACAUUGUGAAAAUAUUGGUCAUCAUAAUCAGAUUUGAUUUAGUUUAGGUAUCUUCAUACUGUAUUUUGUAUGGAAACAGCAAUAAGGUUUUCUUUUCCCUCCUUCCUAUAUCAUCUCUUCACCUAUUCCUUGUAAAUGUGUUUGUGAAGCAGUAUAAAAUGUUUGCAUUUUCCAUGCCUUCUCUUCUCCUUGGGUGAUGUGCAAUCUGUCGUAGGCUGAUCGGUCCCAUUUCAACACUGUGAGACUGAGGAUACGUUAGAGGAAAUGGUGUAUAUGAUCCCUAUGAAAUGAUUCUUUGGCUUUCUUUUAAAAAAACAAAAACGGGUUUGUUCUCAUGAUCUGUAGAACUAUGAAGAUUACUGGAUCAUAUUUUUUUUCUCUUAACCAGGAGUGCCUCAGAGAUUCUGCUAUGACUUUGGACUUCUCUGAGUCUGUGCAAUCAUUUUCUUGAGAAGCGUGGGGAAAGGUGGUAGGCUGCUGCACUUUUCUAUUGAAAUAAGGGUGGCUCUUUUUCCCCCUGUCUCCUUUAUCUCGAGGACACAAAUGUUCAAUUACUGAGGCAUUUAAAUCAAGUGGUGGCCACCUCCAUCAGAGGGCAGGGCUCUAAGUUGAUUGUGUAAUUGAUAAUGCACUUUCUCGAUGGCUCUGUAGUCAUUAUUAACAUGUCUUCCCUCCUCCCCGCAAGGACAUAAGGUCGUUUCUGUCCUUUAAGUUUGAACAACUAACAAAUCAGAGAAUCCAAGGGGCGUGUUCUAUUUCCUAGGAAUGAGUGACACUUUGGUGCUGGGGUUUUGUGGGCGGGAGGGGGCAGUUUUUGUUUAUCUUGUAUGGGAUUGUGUGUGUGAGGGGAAGUUUUGAUUGGUUUUUUUCUUUUCCUUUGUGAGCUGAUGAUGACUGAAGUAGAACAAGUACAUCUUCAGGUAAAGAGAGGGAUUUCUCAACCCACUUUCUGUGAUGUCAGACUAUUGGAGAAGCCCUUUCAGCUGCUUUCUAGAUGUACCUAAAUUCAGUCAGAUAUCUUGGAUUAAGAAACCUGAAGUCCUGAUAGAUCAUAUACUCCAAGGAAAUACAUCAGGGACAGAUAAUUGGCUGAAAACACUGAUGCUUCAAUGUGACACAUUUUUAUAGAACAUUUCUACCAGGGGGUACUGACUUGAUUUCUCCUACAAGGACUACACUGCCUUUGUGUUUAAUGUAAUGCAAUUGUGUACCUUAUAAUCAUAUAUCUCCAAAAGUUUCUCAUUUUUAUAAAACUUUGGAAUCAUGCCAGUAAGCUAGAUGUUGAAUGUAUGUAAGUAACAUUUGGUAACUGAGCUAAGAGGCUACAAAAAUGCAUUAUUGGUAAAAAAUUUUUAGUUCUGAUUUGAUUGGAUAAGAUUUCAUUAUGACCUCUUCUGGGUCUCUGGCUCUACUGCUUGAUUGAAGUAGAAGAGAAUAUAUUGAUUUUUGAAAUCAUUGUUAUGACUUGAACUGCUAUACAUUAUCCUUCCACAAAAGACAUCAGAGCUAUUAGUGCUUUGUACGUUGAGACAUUUUUGUUUUAUUAUCGUGAAAUAAAAAUAUACUGAAUUUAUAGAAAGCAAGUAUUCUCCUAGUUAACAGUUUAAAAUUUUCUCUCUCCAAUAAAAAUUACAAUACAUUUUGAUAAAUAAAAUAACCAGAAAAAUGCCUCUUUUUUUUCACACCUAAAAAUCCUCUCCUCUUUUUUUUGAUUGUAAGAGGUUUGUUUGUUUAGUGGACUUUCUGUUAGAAUCUUUAUAAAAACAAUGAGUUGCUUGAUUGAAUUUGGUGAUCUGUAACAUUUUUCAGCUCAUAUGAAAAUGGAAAACUAGAACCUGAACUAAUAUCUACAACAUUGCCAAAGUCUGAGGUAAAGCUAAAAGUUGAUAAAUAGAGAUUUAUUGUUUUGUAUAUAUGUGUGUGUGUAUGUAUGUAUGUGUGUGUAUAUAUAUAUGUAUGGUAUGUAUAUAUCACAAAGACAUAUUUUAGAUAUCCCUUAGUUCUUUUAAUUUAACUAAGGAUGUCAGAUAAAUGAAUUUAAAAAGCAGCCAAAAUAAAUGAGGUGUAAAGGUCUAUAACAUACUAAGGGAAACAGAGUUUCAGCUAUGAGAGAAAAAGAGCAUUGUACUUCCCAGGGAGUGAGAUCUUGGCCAUGGCUGGAGGUCAGUUUAUGGCAGAAAUACCUGGUUGAUUUAGGAGGCUGAAGAGUUGUUUGUAAUUUAACAAGUUGUGCAUUUAUUGACAUGUAAAGAUAGCAUAAUUUUAUUUUAGUUAAAGCACAAAAAAAAUACCAAAUAAUACCAAAUUACAGCAAAAGCUGUAAUAAAUGUAAUAAGAUCUCCCUUUGGUUUGUUAGCAACCUUGUUACACCUGAAAAGUUGGUUUUGAAAAACUUUCACUUUAGAAGAUUUCUUUUAUCUGUAUGUGUAUAUGUUUAUAUUUUGUACAUAUACAUACCCAUUAAUGUUCCAUGACUCUGUAACAUUUGUGUUCUAUUCUUUUAAGUGAUAUGAUUUGGCCUCAAUGAAGAAACAUUUCAUUUAGUUCAAACUUUGCAUUCAGGGUCCUAGAACAGAUUUCCUGUGCAAGAUUUGGUUGAAAUGGAAUAAGUUUAGCAAACCUAAGUCAUAUUUUCCAAGAGAUUUUUGAUAUUCAUUUGCAUUAUUUAUUGGCAUAUAAUUUAAACUACUCUUCAGUUAUACAACAGCUGUUACAAAUAUAUCCCAGCAAUAUUCAUACUUUAUCCUUCAGCAGCCUUUUGUUUUAUACUUCCUAACUUAGAUUAAAAAAAAAGUCCUUCCAUCUAUGGAAAAGCUAGUUAGGGAGGAAAUACUUGUUUUCUAUAAUAAAACAAUUUGAUUGGUGCCAUCUUUGCCAGGUUGGAUUAAGAAAUACAAAGACAUAUCUGAAGGUUUGGGGAACUCUUCUCUGUGUCAUUAAUUUGAAAUCAUGUUACUAAAAAGCAAACUAAAAUGUAAAGUGAAAAGCUAACUUAGAAGUAAGAUUUUUAAAUAGAAAAAAUAUUUUGAGAAGCUAGGGGGAAUAUUGUUGUACUUUGAAAUCCUGACCUUUACCUCUACUCUCACCCUCCCGAUUACUCCUCUGUGCCUAUUUAAUAUAGAGUCAGGACUUUUGUGCUAGAAGAGACCCUAGAGAUAAUCUAGCUAGUCUCCCAACACCCACUCCCCCAUAUCCAUCCUCAGGAAACUGAGGCUCAAAAAGGUUGUAAAGUGAUCAAGGUCACAUAACUAAGAAGCAGAGCCAGAAUCAAACUCCUGUCUCCUUUCAAAUGCAUAUUAACACCCCACUGCCUCCCUUUACUUCUACUGUGGUAGGUGUGGUAUGUAACACACUCCAUUUAUGCAGUUUCUUUACAGUUCUGGUCUAGUAGUUGGUGAAUACUGCACAUUAAGAGAAGCAUUAAAUCCAGAAAAAAUAUAGAGUAAUAAACAUAGAUGGGGAAGUGUUGGAAAUGUAGGUAUCUAUACCACAGAUGUAAGGAUAGAUAUAUUUUUCCUAUUCUAAUUUAUGCCUUACUAUUUUCUGCCACAUAACAGUUGGAUGCUGCCAUUUUAUAAUUGAUUAUAUUCUGGGGAUUUAUUUAGAUGCAAAAAUAAACCCAAUGUAAUGGCUUUGAUCAGUGUUUCUAGCUAUUUUAAAGUAAUUUUUGAAUCAGCCAACUUUCACAGUCACCUAGGUGGCAAGUUAAUUGUGUUGCACAAUGGAGUAUCACAAAGUAGAUUAAGUAAAUUUGAUUUCAUUAAUUUCUAAUGUCGAAAGAGAUUGAACCUUACUUGUGCUUAGAGCAGAUAGAUAAAAGCAAUAUUUCCUGAUGUGACUGAAAAAGGUUCAUAGUGUGAAACUUAGGAUUCCAUAAUGGAAUGGUGACCAUGAUGUCAUUCAAAGUGUAUAUACCAUAUAAAAUGUCUUAAACCCGGUAGUCUCAGCUAUGUAAGCUCAAUAUUUCCCACCUGUAUUCUCAAAUUCCACUUAGUAGCUUUAAAUUAAUUAUAAUUAUUUAUUAGACACUGGAAUACUGAGAAUAACUUCUUUCAGACUGUUUUGUUUGCACUAUUUUUGUGACUAUUUUAAUGAAGUGGGAUGUUUUUCCUACCUCACUUUGUGAGGUUUGUAUGGGUCCAUUUUUGAGUACUUUAGUUGUUGACAAUCAGUUGUCUCAGUUAAUUUUCUGCAUGUUCAUUUGUAAAUAAAAUAAUUAGUAUCUGUUUUUAGGGGAUAGUAGACUAUACAAACACUGGCAAGGAGGCUGUAUUUCUGAUCUUGGAUUACAAAGUAAGUUUUGUUUUAUGUUGGUUUUUUUUUUAAAUCAGUAUUUAAGUUACAUAUUUGUUUUUCAAUUUAAAAAUGUUUAAUAGGUCAUGCCAGUGGUUAGAAAAUCUAUAAGAAUUUUAGGGCAACUUUUCUAUACUAUGGCUAUGUUAAACAAUCUGAACAUGAGACUUUUUAUCUUUCAAGUUGAAUGAUUUUUGUCAUGUUUCAAACCACUAGGUCGGUUGAGACACAUAUUUGUAAUACUUUAAUUUUUUUAAAGUGCGUUUUAGAAACAAGUUGUUUGAAAACCAACUAGAAAUUAUUGAUAGCCUAAACUCUAAAUAUUAGAAUAUUUGCGAGAUCAAGAAGAUGGAGUGCAGUGUUAAAUUGUUAACAGUGCUAAUAAAAUCAUAAUGAGUCACCAGAUUGGUAACAGUUUUCCAUUGCCAAGGUGGUCAUGUUGAUAACAUAAGACAUAAAUUUUACUAUUAUCUGUGUUGUGUACCUAAUGGGUCUAUCAUAUUGGCAUGGAACAUACUAGGAAAUACUACUCAUAGAGUCGACCAGUGUGCACUUAAACUAUAUUAGACUUUUGGCAGUGCCAGAAAUUUGUGUGGUGAUCCCAAACCAUUAGAAUUAGAGGAGUCGUCAUCACUCAGCCUUCCCUGCCCGUGUGGGCACACUCCUUCUCAGCCUGACCACACAGCCAGAAAAUUGUGGUAACUUCAAUUUCUUCAGUAUGUUUAUAGUUUUAGCCAUUAGUCACAUGAGAAAUAUAUAUGAGAGCAAACAGUUCAGGAUAGAAGUUCGCAGAAAGAUGUGAAAUAACUGGCAGCAUAGGACAGAAAUCUAGGUUCUGUGUUUUGCUUCUGGAUUUUGAGAAAAUGUUUACAAAUUAAGGCACAUUCAGAUGUCUGCUAUUAUCUUUAAUAUAGAUUUUACCCAAAAAAUUAGAAUUAGAUAUAGCUUAAAGUAUCACUGAGUCUUUUUUUAAUAAUUGUGUAUCUGGAGGCAGGCUUAAUAAAGAAAUUCUUUUAUUUUCAAAGAGAAAGGAACUUAAUUGGACAAUCCAUCCCCAACUACAGAAUUGAUAUCAGUCUGGUUUGCUGUAUUUGAGUGUCAGCAGCUCAGUGUUAUUUAUGUAUGAGGAAAUUCUUUACAUCUUCAUUGGUUACAAAAUUUACCAAAGAAAAUGUAUCAAUCAAAUAUAAUUUUUAAAGUACCCAACUGUUAAGGAAUGAGGCUCCUUUAACAUAAAGGAUUGUUUUCUAGACCUAAGGGAAAUGAGUAUCAAAAGAUUGAUUAGAAACAUAGAUAUAUAGUACCUACAAGAUUCCAUGUGAGGUUUUCUUAUCCUGUCAGCAAAAUGCCAACAUUUCACUUCCAGCAAAAUACCAGUUAAAGGUUAAGUCCAAAAAUUAUUCCUUAUGGCACAUUUUCAUGUCUCCUUAACUCAAAUUGAGGAUUCUGUUCAUCAGUAUUGAAUAAAAAAUGAGGGAAAUUCUUAAAAUUUGUAUAUUGUAUGAUAUUGUGGCUUUUUCAAAAUAAAAGGGGAAAAUGAUGGAAAUAGACAUUUUUAAAUGGGCAAUGGCAAUUUCUAAUAAGUAUGAUAUUGGCUAAAAUGGUAUUUUACAUAAUUUAUGUACAUGAUCAUUCUGAGUGUUUUUUUCUUUGCAGAAAAACAUGAUUGGGUUAAGAAAAGCUGAAAUACUCAUUUUUUUUAAUGUAUAGACCAAUAAGAACUAAAGGAUUUACAUAAACUAUUAAAUAAUGAUUUUUUUUUGAAAACUUUAAAUGUAAUUGUAUGUUAACUGAUGUUCCAAACAGGUUCUAUGUAUUAUUUUUUUUGUAUCAGGUGGUAGUUAAAAAUUAGUGAAUGUCUUGGUCAGGUAUCUUGGAAAGAGAACAUUGGCUUUCUAACAAUUACUAAUGUAGAUUUUGGGGCUUUUUAAAGUUUUAUCAUCCCCACUGAUUUGAGAGAGAUGCUCAGUGCUCUGUAUGUUCUUUUAAAAUAUUUGUAAUAAGUUCAUCAACUGCUUAACAGUAAGUCUUUCUGAUUCUUAUUCUAAAAAUUCUGUGGGCUUUAAUUCAGUUUAACUGGUUAAGUGAAACAGUUUUUAUGGUGCAAAGAUUAUUUUCCCACUAUUUUUCUCAUAAUAAUUUGGCUCUUCUGAGCUACAGUUUCUGAAGAGUUUUUACUACUUUAGCAUUAUAUAGUCUGAUCUCUAUCACAAUCGACAAACAGAAAAUAUCCCACUUUCCUGUGUUUGCUUCAUAAAAGGAUAUGGAAUGUAUAGAUCAGCUCUUUUUUUUUUUUUCUUAUCAGCAUCAACCUAUAACUUGGUAUAAACUUCUCAAGUAUUCAGAGAAGAGUGGUGGUAAAAAUUUAAAUAAGAUAGGCAUGAAGAAAAUAUGAUCUCUUUUGAUUGUGUCCUUUCAACCUAGGACUAGUGAAGACUUUCACUUUUUCAGAGCUGAAGAAAAAUACGCACAUUUAAGAUCAUAUUUAUUGGUGCAUGUAAGCCAUUAUCUUAAUUGUCUUACAGAACUGGUUAAUGCUGUUGAUUGUUGAAAUGUGAAAUGUAGUCACUGUUGACCUUGUAAAUAUCUGCCAGAGAUGAAAAAAUAUUUUAAGUUAUUGUAAAUAAAGAUGUAUAAAUUCAUUAUAAGUCUGCAAUGCAGAAACAUAUCUAAGAUGUUAAAUAUUGUGUUUCUUGAGAGAUGUGUAAUUUUUCCCUAGAUGUAUCUAGUUACAUUAAGAAUGUAAAUUUUCUUUUGUACAGUAUAAAAAUACAGCUUUAUUUGGCUUUUGA